AUGGCCCCGUCCGGACAGACGACUUCUUAUGGUCAUGACCCCCCCGCGGCCGUGGUGGCCGACGAGAGUGUUGCGUCGCCGUCGUCUGCGUCAUUCAGGACGGCACAUCCACAUGCAUGCCGCGUGGACUCGACGCAGGAAAGCGAUAUGAUCUCCGCGGCCGGCUUUCGCAGCGAGGUGCAAGGACCCGGGUCCACGCGCUAUUGGUUAUCGAGCAUCCGCACUCCUCCCGAACACCUGCCGGAAUGGGCGAUGGGGUCCACUGGGGAGACCAUCGGCGGCCAACAGGAGCUACGAGCCUGGAGUAAGAUGUCCUGCGUAGGGUCUGGAAUGUGCCAGUCGAGCCAUCUUCAUGCCAGUCUGUACGAACGGCCCGCCUGCAUAACGGCUGAUGGCCUGCGGGCGUCGGGGGAUGUCGUCUCCGGAAACGCCACCGUCAAGCAAAGCGCCUCUCGGGGCCGCGUCGAUCUUCCGCUAGAACUACGAUGCGGUGUGAACCAUGAUCGGUUGCCUGAUGAAGGGUUUGCCCGGUGCUGGGGGUUCAGUGGGUCCGGCGUGGAGUCGCGCUGGAACUACGUGGGCCCGGCAUGGAGUCGCGCUGCAGAUCGCAAUGUCGGGCGCAUCGACAAGGGCCCCAAUAAUGGGGUCCCCAAUGGAACACCUCAGCUCAACCACCUACGUCACGACCGGUGCGGAAAAUGA